GCGUCUAGUCGUGAAGUGCGUCUGGUAGUGAGUAGUGCGAGUAGUUGUGGAGUUGUUGUUGUGUUGUACAGUGUGUUGCUUCCUAUUUGUGUAUUUUCCUGUCCAUCCUGUAGUGCGAAUACGAACCUAAGAAUCAUGCUGCCAGUCAUGUGCUAAAUUUAAAACUUGCAUGUGAUGGUGUCAGUUUUCAUGGUUGUGAUAGAGUAAAAAUAAUUGAGGUGAAAAUUAAGCCAUUUCUUAUGCUGAGCAGAAGUUUGGGAAAACGGUUGGAUAUGUGGUUCACAGGAAAGCUGGACCUGUCUAACCAAAAGGAUGCACUGUUCAAUGACCUUAUGCAAGAAUGUAAACAUGCAGCUCCAGGUGCUAGGUUGUCCUAUCAAUUAAGAACUAAACUGGAAAAGUUCAGUCGAGAAGAAAGAAAGGAAAUUGUGUGUCGUCUGAAAGAUGGUUGUGCGCCGUUGUUUAUUGCCUGCAAAAGGGGUCAUGUGGAAAUCGUCGAAUAUUUAAUAACAUUAUGUGACGCAGAUGUAGAACAAAAAGGACUCUAUGAAGUGCCUGAUGAUCACUCUGUUCACUGUGUGACUCCAUUGUGGUGUGCUGCUGUUACUGGUCGGCUUCCAGUAAUAAAGUGUUUGGUGGAACAUGGUGCUGAUAUCAAUGCUAUUUCUGAUUCUGGAUCAACUCCUGUACGUAGUGCCUGCUUCAUGACACAUCUGGAGAUAGUAUCAUAUUUGGUAGAACAUGGUGCAGAUAUACUAAGACCAAAUUAUAAUGGUGGUACUUGUCUUAUCAAUUCUGUUCAGAGCGUGCAGCUUUGUUUAUAUCUGUUGCAAAACGGCGCAUCUGUGAAUACGCGUGACAUUCAAAACAAAACGGCACUGCAUUAUGCCAUUCAGGAACAUCGUUUUGAGACCACGAAGUUGUUGCUAGAUCAUGGUGCGGAUCCACAUGCUAGAAGUAGAUACAAUGAUGAUGCGCUCCAGACAGCGUGUUUAAAGGGAGCUGUCCAAAUUUUCGAUUAUUUGAUAUACCGUGUAAAGUAUGAUCCUGAAGCGUUAGCAAAUGCUCACGAGCUAAUGGGGUCAACAUUUCUUGAUGAACAUAACGAUACAUCCACAGCUCUGAAGCAUUGGCGAAUUGCUACGAGAAUUCGCUUUACUCACGGAGUCGAUGGUGAACCUCUUCCAAAGCGUCCUCUCAUGCCUCCACGAGCAGCCUUCCGAUACGCCACAGAAUUCAGAACGUUCGAAGAUCUUAUGAAUAUAUCCUUUGAUCUGGAUGCAAUGCGGUACCAGAGUUUGCUGAUAUGCGAACGAAUCUUAGGACCUCAUCAUAAAGAUACAUUGUUUAGGUUGAUGUAUCGGGGUGCAGCGUAUGCCGAUGCACUGAGAUAUCAGUGUUGUAUAGACCUGUGGCGACGUGCUUUGGAAAUAAGAGUGGAGAAAGACACCAUUUUGUAUAACGAUACUUGCUUCACUGCACAAGCCCUUGUUCGCCUGUUUGUUGACUUGAAUGAGAAGAAUCUUGAAGUGCUUGGUGCUGGACAGCCAGAAGGAGAACCUCGCUUUGAAGAUGUGGCUGCUGUAUUUCAGUUGCUUGGUCGUGAACUUCCAGAUAUGAGGAAACUGCUUGAGGUGCGACCAAUUCAAAAACGGCAACAAGAAAGUUUUGACCGAAUACUAAAAUGCAUCACUCACCUGAUUUAUCUGCUUGUGGAAACUGCACGUUCACCUGACGAGCGCAAACAUGUUGCUCAUAUGGUGGAGGAAUUAAUUCAGUCAAAUCCCCGAUCAGCUUCAACUGGUGACACAUUGCUUCACUUGUGUGUUUCAAGGCUGAAUACAAUAAAAAGUUCCUAUUUUCAAGACGACAACCAGAUGAUAUUUCCUAAUAUGGAAGUUAUACGACUUCUUCUUGAUUGUGGUGCACCAGUGAAUGCAAGAAAUGAAUCACGAUCAACACCACUUCAUGUAGCAGCAAAUCCGUAUAAUUUCUACAGCCCACUUGUACAGCUUCUGUUGGACCAUGGAGCACAUUUGGACACACCAAAUAGAGCUGGUGAUUCUCCUGCUGUUUUUGUGGCUGUGAAUCCUCUGAACAACGUUCAUUUGGUGAACUAUAUCACAUUGCGUUGUAUGGCAGCUACAGCUGUUGCAAAGUACAAAAUUCCUUACAAAGGACAGAUACCAGUCACUCUGGUUGACUUCGUUCGAUUUCAUGAACCUUGAAAUGAUUUACAUAGGCAUGGUUUACCUAGAAACUUGAAAUUUCUCAGAUGCAGUGCUUUCACUUAAGAGCAGUUGCUUUGCAGAUUGUGUGUGUGUGUGUGUGUGUGUGUGUGUGUGUGUGUGUGUGUGUGUGUGUGUUUUAAUUGGAUUAUGUUAGUGUGGUGCUAAUGUCACCUGACUUACAAAGGCUAGUAAUGGCUAAUGGCUCACAUUGUGUUUCCAAUAUGACACUGUGCAUUAAUCUUCAUGCUUAGUUUCUAGUUAAAGUGAUGGUCUGAGCUUUCAGUUAUUGCUGUUAGCAAACAGCCUUAUUAUCAGAAACAAAAGUUGUAAAAUUUAGUGUGGUAAGGGUUAUUAACCCAAGACUUCUAUGUGAUAUGCCAAUUUUCAGGUUUCUUUUAUUAGGUAGAGUGGUCUGCACAGCUGUUAACAUGAGGGUGUCCUAGUAUGUAGGUACUGAAUCUAAGUGCAGUACAUGUGCCAUUUGCUCAUGACUACCACUCUGUGCACAGUAAAACCACAUUCUUCAUAUUGAAUAAGUGUGGUUUUAUAUACUGUACAUAUAUGCUAGUAUUUAGUCACAGGACAGAAACUUAUUAAAUAAGUUUUUUGAAAGAUUGAAUCAGAGCUGCAAUACUCAAUGUAAAGCUGGUAAUUUUGAAAAGAACACGAGUGUGAACAGUGUCAUUUCUGGUACUGUUGGCUGUCUUGUCAGUGUAUCAAUUUUCUGGUUUGGAGAUUUGGUUACAAACAUUUAGCAAUUAAUUAUUAUGAAAAUAUGAAUAUACAUGGUUUUUUUAUUUUGUUUGAAUGAGGCAUUGUUCCUACUCACCAUUAAUAUUUCAGGAACUGGUAAAAAUGAAAUACAUUAUGCAUGUACCUGAAAAGCUAACUAUUUUGUAGAAAUUGAUGAAUGAAAUAAUUUGUGAAUUUCACAAGUUGAAUUUUUUAAUCUGUCAUUCGCUCGUUUACCAGAGUACUGUUGUUUUUACGUGUCUACCAAUAUAGCAGAAUGUUAAUUUGUUAUUCAGUUACAUUCUUUCAGAAAAUGUUUCAUUUUGAUCACUGAUGAGUUACGGUCUUCUAGGUCACAUAUAAAUGUAAUAUUGCAGAUAGACAGAUAGUGAGAUUUGCUUUAUUUGGAAGCAGUACUUGCCUAUAUAAUAUUAUAUGCUUUUGCAUUUUCACUUGUGUGUUAAGUUGUUUAAUUUAAUUUGAUUUAAUCUUGAAUGAUUUAUUGUUUGUGGUUAGUUCAGUGAUAUUACGAGUAACAAUGUGAUGUUUAUGUGUCUACUUGUUUUCUUUUACCGUUUUUUUUUUAUCUCGGCCUUUCUUGCCUCCUGUCCAUGCCCAUGACUCUGGCAUAUUUUAGUAUAAAGUAGAGGUUUUCACAGUAAACAUAUAUUUACUGAGUGGAAACAGUAAUUAGUGGAGAUGUGUAUAAUUUUUGCAUUGUGUUCUCUAGGAAUCUGAAUUACUGUGCAACAUCAAUAAAUUACACAAAGCAGUUGUGGUGUAUCCUUAAGCCCUGAUGGACCUAGGCAAACAGUAUUAGCAAUUGAAUGUGUUAUUUGAAGGCAGAGUAGAGAUAUGCAGCUAGAAACACAAAAGAAAUGUAAUAAUUGAAAAGUUAUUUGCAGUAACUAAAUACAGCUAAUUAUUUGGUUUCA